AUGGCAGAGCCUCAGUCCUACUCCAAGGAGAUGCCUGAGAAGGGCGCGCAUCCCCUCGAGGAGCAGCCUGUUGAGCUAGCACCCCUUGACGAGAUCAAAAAGGGUCGCUGGGAGCGUAGUUGGCCCACUAUUGCCUGUGGUGCUGGUCUGUUUUCUGAUGGCUACUUGAAUGCGAUCAUUGGUCCUGUCGGUACCAUGCUCCAAAAAAUCUACGGGGAUGGAUACACCAACUCGACAGCCCAACAGAAUGUCUCUUCGAUUGUUUUUGCCGGCACUGUUGUGGGUAUGCUGCUAUUUGGCUACACUAGUGAUCACUGGUCACGCAAAUGGUCUUUGAUGAUCUCCACUAUUAUCCUGUUUGUCUUUGCAGCUCUCGGUGCUGGCUCAUAUGGAGCUGGCGGUAGCCUGGGUGGCAUGCUUGCUGCUUUGACGGCCUACCGUUUCUUCUUGGGGGUUGGAAUCGGCGGAGAAUACCCUGCUGGAUCAGUAGGCGCGGCGGAGAAUACUGGAGAGCUCAAGCAAGGUCAUCGCAAUCGUUGGUUUGUGAUGUUUACCAACUUCCAGAUUGAUUUCGGUUUCGUGGUUGCUGCUUUGGUGUCCAUGAUUCUGGUCUUGAUCUUCACUGAGAAGCAUCUGCAUGCUUGCUGGCGUGUGGCUCUGGGGCUGGGAGUAAUCCCUCCUCUGAGUCUAAUGUACCUCCGACUGAAGUUGAAUGAGCCCGAGGAGUUCACCCGGGAGCGCAUGCAUAAGUUUCCCAUCCUGCUGAUCAUCAAAUUCUAUUGGAAACGUUUGGCUGUUGUUUCUAUUAUCUGGUUCCUUUACGACUUUUCUGCCUACAGCUUCGGUAUUUAUUCUUCUGCUUGGCUAUCGAUUAUCUUAGGUGACAACGCUCCCUUGUGGAAGAGUUUCGGUUGGUCUACCUUGGUCAAUUCUUUCUAUAUUCCAGGUUCCGCCCUUGGAGCUUUCAUGAGCGACUGGAUUGGCCCUCGCUACACCCUUGCCAUUGGUGUUGGGCUCCAGGGCAUCAUCGGGUUCAUCAUGGCCGGAUGUUACAAAUGGCUUGCGACCCCGGAAAACGUGGCAGCCUUCGUUGUUGUAUUCGGAAUCUUCUCUGCCCUCGGUGAGAUGGGACCUGGCGACAACAUCGGUCUCUGCGCCGCCAAGACUAGCGCGACUGCUAUCCGUGGCCAAUACUACUCAUAUGCUGCUGCUUUCGGGAAAAUCGGAGCUUUUGUGGGCGCCUAUGUGAUUCCAGUCAUCCAAAAGAACGCACCCAACCCAAUCCGCGCAGGCCAGGACCCAUUCUUCGUCUCCAGCGCACUGUGUAUUUUGGCCGCAUUCAUGGCCAUUUUCAUGUUGCCGCAGAUUAACCAGGACACCAUCACUUUCGAGGAUGCUAGGUUCCGCGACUAUCUCCAGGCUAAUGGCUACGAUACCACGACAAUGGGCGAUCGCAACCGCCAGACCGAAACUCGCGUACAAGAGUAA